AUGACGCCCUACAACACCCUCCUAACAAUCACAGUCCAAAGCACUUUUCUCAAUGCAAUUUCCAAUAUACUGGCUCAGAUUAUAGACCAGUGGAAGAAAGAUAAACCAUUCAGCCUGAACGUCCCCGCGUUCCUUCAGUUCAUCACAUAUGGUAUUAUCAUUGUCCCCAUCAACCACUGGUGGCAGCGUUGGUUGGAGGUAACAUUUCCGGGAUUUCUAUUUCAGGCGACGACAGAUGCAGGCUCACCGUCAUCAUCAUCGCCUAACCCGGGCUCACUCCCACUAUCCACCGUUCCCAAUGAAAAAGGAAGCCAGGAGGUUGUCGAGGUCAAAGACAAGUUCAUCCCACGGAGAGUGACAGCAAUACCACCAACUGGAAAACGAAGACGCUUUUACAAUUUCACCAUGAAGCUCCUGCUAGACCAGACGGCCGGUGGGGUUUUGAACAUCGUUCUGUUUGUUGGGCUGAUUAACCUGCUUAAAGGCGCGAGCUUGGCUAGGACUUGGGAGUUAGUUCUUGAGGACUUCAAACCAAUCAUGAUAGCCCGGCUGAAGUACCGACCUGUUGUAUCGACGCUGUUGUACACGAGUAUCCCACUGGACCGUCGAGUCGUAUUCGGGAGCUUCACCGGAGUGCUCUGGGGGUGUUAUUUGAGUCUGUAUGCAGCUGUUUAG